UAAACCCUGCGUCCAUCCACUCUCCCUCAGCUGCAACCUCACGCCGUCACGCCAACUACCGAUUGUUUUUUUCUUCUCUCUUUCUUCGUUGUUCUUCGAUUCAACCAUGGCUUAAUUUGUGGAAUCAGCUCGAUCUUAGUUUCGAUCCUACCAAAAUCCGACGUAUUUUGAACGGAAAAUUCUGAAUCUCUACCUCGCAGAGGGAAGCGCACCUCCGUCUCCUUCCCGAAACUGAGGUCUUCUCCCUAAAGCACUCCUCUCAAUCGAUUGAAAGCCAUUAUCAGUCUCUGAUAGUUUGCAGACACCAAAUAAAACCCAAGUUUGUUUUGUCGGCUUCUCGUAUUCUGUGGUGUUGUAAUAGCAGGAAUUAUCAUGUCGCUUUUUAAACUUUCAAGGAAUGGAGUUCGGAUGAUGAAAGAGCUCUUCGUAGGGCAGUCUUUACUGGUGGCUAAAGCAAGUUGCAUUCGGGGGCCCUUUUUCAAAUACUGGCGACCUCUGCCACAAGCACAAGUUCAGGUGCUUCAAGGUUUGAAAUGGCAGGGGCAGCGUCUGUAUUCAACCUCAGGUCCUCAGAAUAGCUGUAUUGAAGAGAGUGAGCCAGAAACGAUAUCUGUCACAUUUGUCCUUAAAGAUGGAGAGGAACAGCAAAUUAGUGUUCCCAUUGGAAUGUCUAUGUUAGAAGCUGCUCAUCUAAAUGAUAUAGAACUUGAAGGAGCAUGUGAAGGUUCAUUAGCUUGUUCAACUUGUCAUCUUAUUGUGAUGGAUAUGGGCUACUACAAUAAGCUAGAAGAACCAGUGGAUGAGGAGAAUGACAUGUUGGAUCUGGCGUUCGGGCUUACAGAAACGUCUCGUCUGGGAUGUCAAGUAAUUGCAAAACCUGAACUUGAUGGAAUUCGUUUAGCCAUUCCUUCAGCUACCAGAAACUUUGCUGUUGAUGGCUAUACUCCAAAACCACACUAAACAUUUUGCCACAAGGAGAAGAGGAUCAAUCAAGGUUUUAACCCAUUAGUUUUGCCUCAUGAGAUAAUUUAUCUCUGCUUUCAUGGUUCAAAGUAUGUUAGAAACUGUUAAAGAAAAUUGGCUAAAUUUAUCUUCUAUUCUUUUUGAAAAUGCAUCUGAUAUGUGAUAAUCAAAUUCCAUAAAGAAAAAAGAGACAUUUACAACUUUUAUCAAGCUUUGAAGUUCACUUUAUGAACGUUCAGUUCAGCUCAGGUCAAUAAUUUACUUGAAAGUUCUUGGUGA